AUGGCCAUAAACAAUUACCAGUGGCACACUACUAGGAGUAGGACGGGACUUCAGCGGAGUGUACACCAGUUGAAUGCCACGCGCACCGCUGCGGUAUGCGGCAGCGACUCAGUGGAGUUGUUGUCAAAGAAGAUUGAUCCGCUCUCACCGCCUAUCCAAUCGACUUUCAGCGGUAUGAGUUUUAUGGUGGCCUGCAUUACAGUAGCAACUAUAUAUCGGGAGGUAAAUUUGGAUAAUAAAGAUGGAAAUAGCAAGGUGAUGGAGCUAGAGAAGGUAGAGGGCAAGAAGAAGAGUUCUUUGACGGAAUACCAGUCCCUCAUCCCAUAUCUUGCCAGAUAUGCGAAGUUCUUAAGGGAGAUCCUUAGCAAUAAGAGGAAGUUAGAGGACUUGGCGAUCGUGACCCUAAAUGAGGAGUGUUCGGCUAUACUUAAGAAUAAAUUGCCAGAGAAGAAGUAUGAUCCAAGGAGUUUUAUUGUCCCUUGUAUGAUUGGUGAUUUGACAAUUAGCAAUGCUUUAGCUAGCUUAGGAGCUAGCAUUAAUUUAAUGUCGUACAUUUUAUUUACCAAGUUGGGGCUGGGUGAGACUAAACCCACUAGGAUGAGCAUACAUUUAGCUGAUAAGACUAUUAAGUAUCCUAGAGGCAUUGUAGAGGAUUUACUUGUUAAGGUCGAUAAAUUAAUAUUUCCAUUAACUUUGUGA